GAAAUUUUUUUGUGAAAUGAAAACAUAAAAAAAUAAUAAAAAGGAAAAUCUAAUCAAAUUGUAAAAAUAUAUAUAACAUUGUAAUACUAACAUUAAUGAAAAAAGACCUAAAUUUAUAAAUUCUACAGAGUAAUUAUAAACACACACCUUUAUAUACUAUUCAUUAUAUGUUUUACGUUUAUUCUGUUAAAAAUAGUUUGUUACAUAAAACGACAUAAUUAAAAUAAGAAUUCAAAAUCGGAAAUUACGAUUUUUCUUUGACUGACAGUUUGUUACAUAAAACGACAUAAUAAAAACUAAAGUUAAUUUAUAUAACCGUCAAUAAAAAAUGUAACCGUGAUUUUUAUUAAUGUAGAGAUAAUGGUUUUACUAAACAUUUUAGGAGGGCAUUAAAUUUUAAUUAAUUUGAUUUUUAAAGUUCAAGUAAAAAAAAUGUGAAAACACAUAAUAUUUGACACAUGGGAGUAAUCAUCAUUACGGUUAGUUAAGAUUCAAUAAUUACAAACUCUUGACCAAGGCUCACACAUGAACAAUGCAUGAAUGCGAAACUGUGUAUUUAAGGCACUAAAGGAGUACUUAAUAGUAUAUAAACUCAAGUGGGAACCAUCAGAUUCCUCGUACUUGUAAGAAUAAUGUAUUUCCCAGCUUCCGCAAACGCCGGAAACACACCACCAAAAUGCAACAAACCGACUCUUUCGUCCCUUCCACUGCCAGAUGAUAUCUCAGUGAUUUGCUUAGCGUACGUUCCAAGAUGUGACCACCCUUCACUCUCUGAAGUCUGCAAGACUUUCAACCAAAUCAUCGCUGCUUCCUCGGAGCUUAACCGCGUACGUUCACUCCAUAAAAGCACCGAGAACGUUCUUUACCUUGCCUUGAGAUUCAGUCGCGACCAAAAACCUAUUUGGUACACUCUCAAUCAAAAACCCUCCAAAGAAGAGUCUAACUCUUUGAACCAUAAGUUGGUUCCGUAUCCUUCUUUCCCUUGUCUGCCUUGUUGGGGGUCUAAUGUUAUUGUCAUCGGUCAAGAGAUGUACGUUCUCGGUGGAUGCAUCGACGGUGAGUUAACCACUAACGCUUUUGCUAUUGAUUGUAUAACUCGCACGUGUCGGUCUCUUCCUAGCAUGCGUGUUGCUCGUGGCUGCGCUGCUUUUGGUGUUGUGGAUGAGAAGAUUUAUGUCCUCGGAGGAUGUAACAAGAAGAAGUCGUCGAAAGAUUGGCUUGAGGUUUUCGACCUCAAGAAUCAAACUUGGGAAAGCUUUCCAGGUGUGUGCAACAAAAAUUUGCACGAGAUAACGCUCAAUAGUUUUGUGAUGAACGAGAAAAUUUACAUAAUGGAUCGUGAAAGAAGUUUUGUGUAUGAUCCGAAGAAAAAUAAAUGGGAGAGGCAAAGCUCGUUGAACAGUGAAUGGGUAGUUGGUUCGUGCGUUAUUGACUACAUGUUGUACACUUUCGGAUUUGAGAAAGGAAUUAGCGUGUACGAUCCGAAAGCUAGGACAUGGAGAAUACUGAAAGGUGUUGGUGAGGAUCUACCUGACAUGCGUGGUAUUCAAGGAGGGUCUAGAAUGGCGAACCAUGGAGGGAAACUAGUGAUUUUGUUUAAGCGUAAUGAAAGGGGGGAAACGAAGAUCUGGUGUACAGAGAUUGCGUUGGAGAGGCGAGGACAAGGAGAGCAUUGGGGGAAGGUUUUGUGGUCUAAUAUUGUAGCUAGUUUUAAAAACUCCCCCACCAUUGUUCAGUGUCUAGAUGUCAUCAUAUGAUUUAAUCAUGUAUGCUUUCCUAGUUGAGUAUGCUCGACUUUGUGUUUUAUCUCAUACCCUUUCUCUAAUGAAUUCGACUCUUUUGAUUUUCUACUUUCAACCCACAAUCAUUUUUAACUACAGUAACAAAACUAAAUGGAUCCAACCGUUGAAAGCCCAAGACUGGUUACCUCCCAUGUUCGAACACCACUAAAAAUUUAAGCACAGUUUCUGGAUCAGUUGACUUCCUGGAUUUGGACUUAGUGGAUAGGAUGUUUCAUAUGAUAGAAGGUAUCCAACUAACCAUUUUAUCCCAAGACUAUCUGGACAUAACUCCUUAAAUACAUAUACCUCCAUUAUCAACAAAAAAAAAACUGUUGGUCUACAAACUAUCCUUAAUUUUUUUUUCUUUGGUUACUCUACAACUUUGCUCUUUAGGCCGGAUGUGAUUAAUCCAAUCCACAUCUUCCAAAAAGCCGUGGGACGCACACGGGUCUAAUAACCAUUAAAGUAAUAUGAAAAAUAAGAAAGAAAAGAACGAAGAAAAAUAAAAUAAGAGGAAAAACUAUUCUUCUCUUAAUUUGACAAAGAAUAAUUGUACUCUAUUAUUUCUUAAAUGUUAAGGAAUGUAAAAAAAUCAUAGGUAACAAAUAUUCUUUAUAAAUAGUGUAAAUUGUAAAGAAUGAUAAUUCAUUCAUUUGGUCACUAUUUAGAACCUAUAAUUUAAGUUAUUCGUUGGAAACCGUUUCUAUAAUAUAUUACCAUAUCUGGAGGUUAACUAAUUUAAAACUUCAACAAAAGAAUAAUUUAAUAUAACUAUAAAUAUUCUCUCUAUUUUUUUAUGUUUGACCUUGAAUUUGGUUUUGUUUCCUAGUUCAAUUUAUUACCUUUAUACUGAAUGGAAAAUUAUAAAUAGAAUACUUCAGAUUGAAGGCAUUUCCUAAUUAGAAAAACGCUUUCACCUCUCUUUUCUUCUCCGAUUUGAUUAUGGCGCAAUCUAACCGGCGUCGGUGGGCUUCCUCAGCCAUGACGUCGGUCGGAUCUUUUGUUCCAACAUUUCUCUCCGGUUCGGUGUAAUCCGAUCGGCUCUGCCUCCAGCGUCGCAUCCUUGGUGGUUGUCUAGCUUUUGUCUCUGGCGUCCUGGCCUUCUUAUCCGGCGACAGGCGGUCGGCCCGCGUUACACCGCGUUACACCUCCUUAGGUGAAGACGGCGGAUUUGUGUAGCUAGAAUCCGACUAUAAUUGAUUUUCUCAGGUUUUUCGUUUGGCGGAAAGCUUUGGUUUUUUGGGUGUGGAAUUGUGGAUUGAAGAAUCUGGAUGAGAUCUCGAAUUGGUUCGAUGGAUGCUCUCCGGUGAUAAGGAAUUAGGUGAUGAAGGUGGUUUGGCUUCAAUCUGGUGGAGUAUGAGAUUGUGAAAUUGUUUCCGGUCAAGUUCCGGUGGUUACCGUGUUUGUCCUGCGACGAUUUCCAAUUUGGUGAAGGCGGUGGAGUCUCGUGUUUGCUCUCACGCGCUUGAACACGUGGGGGAGACGUGUUUCCGUCUUUUUCCCUCUGAUGUGGGAUGUACUUGGACUUUUGGUGGGUUUUUGUUUGGUUUGGUUUAUGUUGUGCGCAUAAUUGCUUUUGUCUUUUGACCUGUGUGGUGGGUUUUUUUAUGCAUUUUUGUAAAAUACUUUGGUAAAUAAAUAAUAUUAGAUAGCAAAAAAAAAAGCAUUUCCUAAUUAUUUUGAAUCUAUGUUAUUUAAAUUAAAAGUUAAAUGUGUUGUUUUUGUCUUUGAAAAAAGUUAAAAGUUAAAGGUUAUGUAUGGUGGGUUUAUAGUCCAAUCGGAGCCGGUAAGCUCAAAAGCUUGUUCCGGUUAUCUUUCGGCUUUUCGAUUAAAAAAAUAAUUACUUAAUAUUAAUUUAAUUAGUCAGUAAACCAUUGUUAUAAUCAUUAGGGCAUCCGCAUUGGUGAACCCCCUCUUGGGGUUCAUAAGGUUUUUUUAUUAUUUUUUUGGUGGGACCAUAAAUAGUUGUAAACCUCUAUCGAUUGUGUUCCUGCAUUGGUGAACCUGCAGAAGGGGUUCAUAGAAAUAAAAUAAUAUUAUAUA